UAAUGUUUAAGCAAAUAUGGGAUCAGACAUUAGUUACCUUUACGGAUGAUAAUCAACAACAAAGACAACAAUCAUCGGAUAAAAAGGCCGAUCGACGCAAACGUAAACGAUAUCAGCCGUCACUGAAAACUCUGUUCAAAGAUCUAUCAUUGAGUUCAAAGUCUAACUACAAUAACAACAACAACACCGGUAUUACUGAUGACAAUCGGAAGCCAGUGUUACACUCAUUGAUUGAUCAGAAAAAAAGGAUUAUCUAUAAUCAGUUGCUUACCAUUGAUUGUCGACAAGUGAACACACAAUUGAUUGUCAACUCGGAUGUGGGCAUCAAAACCAAGUUCAUCAUCACUGGCAAAGAGGUACACAAAAUAUGGGCUAUUAUUCAAUCACCCAGUGGUUACAGAUAUGACACAAAUAGCCAGUUGUAUGAAAGUGUGGGCAAUAGAAUCAUAGUACGGGUGCCGAAUGCCGAACCCGGAAUCUGGACGAUUAAAUUUCAGGCACCGGAAGCACUAUUUUCCAAACAAAUAAUACUACCGAUUGAGAUGCGAGUUACUAGUCAUCUAAGAUUUAUGAUGACACCGAUGAUGUCGUGGUCAUCGUCUACAUUGRACUCAACCAUGUUUUGGCAAAACAAAGAUAACUAUAGCAAACCUAAUGGAUUGGUUAAGCAGACAAAGAAAAUGGAUUUUAACUUUUCAUUUACUCCAGAAGUACUUCCAGAGUCUAAGAGUUGGCUAGUCUUCAAUAAUAAUGAAAAUAAAAGACUAAUCCAAAUGGAUAACAGACAACAAUUGGUCAAAAUAUAAUCAAUUGUCCGCCGAAGAUAAGAAAUGCAUAUUAAAGACCAUUAAAGAUUGCACUCAAUUUAUUGCCACCGAUGACCACUGCAAGACUUACCAUCAAAUUAAUGAAUAUCAAAACCAAUUGACACAAGUUUUACACAAACUUUCGGUUAUUUGAUUUGACAUUUAAUUUAGUAAUUAAACAUAUUUUUUAAUUAAAAUAGUAUUUAUAAG